AUGAAGUUCAAUAUAGUGAAUCCCAUCACUGGUUGCCAAAAGAAGCUUGUAAUCGAAGAUGACCAGAAGCUUCGGGCAGAUUUUGAUAAUAGGAUCUCACAAGAACUCAGGGGUGGUCUGGGUGAGCAAUUCGGCUACGUGUUUAAGAUGAUGGAAGGCUGUGACAAACAAGGGUUUCCAAUGAAGCAGGGAGGGAUGACUCCCGAUCAUGUUCGUCUCUUGUUUAACCUGUCGAAGGAAGAUGACAUUAGGAAAUAUGUCAAUCCAUGUCGCAGGACCUUCGCUACUAAAUCUGGGAAAAUUAGAAAGUUGAAGGAGCAGCUUGAGCGCUGCGGUGAGAGCUUGCUAAGAACAGAUCCAGGUUGUCUGAUGCCUCAAAGCCUCUCUUGCAGCUUAGGUUGUUUCUACUUUUUGAUCGAUUUUGGUGAAACGAGGAAUUUCAGUUAA